CACAGCGCGGCAAUUGGCGGUGAGCUGUGUCCCUCGGGCACAGCGGAUCACCGAUCCCACAGAAAGAGCCGCAGAUGUCGGUUCAGUCAUGUGAUCAGCUGUGUCCAAUCACAGCUGAUCACAUCACUGAUGAUAAGUGUGCCCUGAUGAUCAGUGUAGCCCCAGCAGUGCCACCUGUCAGUGUCCAUCAAUGCCAGCUGUCAGUGCUCAUCAGUGCCACGUGCCAGUGCCCAUCAGUGCCACAUCAAUGCCACAUAUCAGUGCCUACCAGUGGACAUCAAUGCCACAUAUCAGUGCCCAUCUGAGCUUCCUUUCAGUGUCACCCAUCAGUGCCACCUAUCAGUGCUUCCAAUUAGUGCCACCUAUCAGUGCCCGUCAGUGCCACCUAACAGUGGCAGUCAAUGCCACCUAACAGUGCCAGUCAGUGCCGCCUAUCAGUGCCGCCUAUCAGUGCCAUAUCAGUGCCAUAUAUCAGUGCUGCCUUUCAGUG